GCAAUUAACUGAAGUUAUUUGCUUGCCCAGCCCAGAGUACUUGAAUAUGUUUAUGUCUCUGUGCCAUCCCAUUCGCUUGACUGCAAAAUCUAGUGAAUGUCUUCAAAUUUAGCACAAAGGAUGAACUGAUUAGAAUUUGGUGGUCAAAAAAACACAUUUUUGGCCAUAACUCAAUAAUUCAUAUGCUUAUAAUCAAGAUUUCUGAUAAGAUAAAAUGACAAAGUGAACCUUACUGGUUGGUGGAGAGAUACUACUGCGAGAUAGUGAUUCUAGUUCUUCUACACACUAUUAUGUGUUCAAUCAAGAACAAUAGUUUCACUAUUGUUCUUGUUUUGGUCCCUUGAGGCUCUGGAAACACAACGAGCUGUGUACCGAGAAGACAGAGGAGGUCUUUUUUUGAGCGAUGAUAUGCUUUGUAAGUGUUUAUUUUUGCACAGAAAUGAAAGCCAUGAGUGGGUGUGAGCCCGACCACGAACUGUCUGCAUCCAUCUAGCCGUGAACUCGGUUACAGACUGGAUUGUUUGAGGUGGUUGUAUUGGUUGAGACUUGUAUGUUCACAAACGGGUGUAGUUGUUUGUAUGGGAGGUGGAGUUAGUGUAGUUGUCUUUCAUACAACCUUCAGAUCUUCAUAUUCUGCAUUGAUGUGACUUGUGGUUGAUAUGUAUCGGGUGCGGCUCUAUGGAUGGUGUUCACAAUUCAUCUGCAUGCAUUGUAUACAGUUCUCAGACAGUGAUGUGAAGAGAAACGCGAGGAAGUGAAGCUCAAAUGACAAUUAAGUUUGACAAACAUGAUUUGAAAUCAAACCCACACAGUACAUGGAUGGUUUCCACUUGCCGGGGUAUCCAAAUUGCUAUUUCACAGCUCAUUAAAAGGUUUUUGAUUGUGAGCGAUGAGAGAAGAAUUUGUACACAUAUUUCUUUUUUAAUCUGGCACGCUGCAAACUGUCGAAUGAAUUUGGCACAUUCUGGUGCCGUAACUUGCCAAGCAAUGAUUAGAACAAUAACCUGCAUUCUUUUCCACUUUCUCUUCAUAUAUACCUGCUUAAUGACAAAAUUCCACAUAUCUGUUGGACCUAUUUAGUCUUGUGAUGAGCUGCUGUUACAUAGCAGUGGCGGUCUUCAUCGUUUUGACUCAGUGCAGCGGGAGAAGCGAGUGGGGGUCACGCACUGCUGCUCUGUCGGGGGAGUGAGUAAUGAUGGAAUGAGUACAAUAACACAGAGAGGAUUCGUGCAUUUCUAAACAGCUUACAGAGUGAUGCUACCCAGGGAGAAGACAUGGCCACGUGACAGGUAAGAUGGUCGAAGCAUUGGAAAUCCAUUACUGGGUGAUGGAGCGGCGAUGCACCCUGGGCAUUGUAAUGGGAGCACCAGUGAGACACAUUGUCUGAAGAGUUGAUGGGAUGAGGAGAGGAAAGGGGAGAGGGAGGGGGAGAGGGAUGGAGAGACUGUGGGGAUGAGAGGACGGAAAGCAGAGAGAGCAGAGGGGAGGAUUUUAUGUAAGGUCUGCAGAAGGAUGAGAGGAAGGACACAGAGAUGUUCAAAGGAAGACGUCACGCGAGAAGCACAGAUAAUACCAGACAGCACUCGCUGUAAGUGGACAGCGCGUUUCAAGGCUUGCUUCUCAAGUAUUUCUCCUUCACACGUUUUAAGGAUCUUGCCCGAAUGGUGAAGGUUGGUUUUUUUUCAACGAUCAUCACUGUGCUGUUAACUUCCCCUAGUCAAACAAAAAGCUUUUUAAAUGAUGGGGUUGGUUAAGCAGAACACAAAAACUGAUUUAGACAAGUACAGAAAUCUGAAUAAUAAUAAUGAUAAUUUCAUUUCUAUGUAACGAUACAUAUCACGACAUAGCAUGUUUUCUAGGUCAAUAAAUAAAGAGUCCGUAUGAAGUUACCGCAUUUUUUGUUAUUCUUUUGUGUGCUUUAAAUACUUGUAUUUUCUCAUUUAAUUAAGAAUUAUAAUCAGCUUUUCUGAAACAUUUUGUUAGAUAUGUGCUUGUUUUCAAUCAAUUAAGAUGACGUAAUUGUGUAUCACGAUGUCUCGAUAUGUGAUUACUCACAAUAUUAUUCCAUUGAAAGAUGAUAAGAACCAUAUGGAAUUAUUGCCAAGCUCUAAUUGAAACAUUUUAAACAAAUUUGAAUCCACCCAAGUUAAAGAUGCUUCCUUCCAAUGCAUGUUACUGAAAUUGGGAGCAGAUUGAAAGAGUAAAAUCUUUUUCCAGCAAACAUUUCAAGUUUGAAUGUAAUAGUUUUCAAGACAUACUGCACAUACAAUGUUUUACCGUCUUGUUGUUGCGUCUGUUGAUUUUAUAUUUAUAUGCUCUCUCCUCUUUGAAGCCCGUACCGCUCUUCUCCUCUCUCGCUCAAGAGCUCCCUUGGCAGCGCUCAUUCAUUCAUGCAAAUUGCUGGAAACCAACACACUCACCGAGACGAGACGUAGAUGUUGAACUCGUGAUGACAUGACGGUAAAAAGCUUCAGAAGUGCUUUUAUUGUGACACUCAAGAGUCCCGUGUCUAAGCCCGAUAUUGUCAGGCUCCGAUGCAAUCAUCCUCAACAGACUGGAAAUGGGCUCCAGAUGGAAGGGCUCUUUUGGCUUGCCUCUUUUGAGCUCUUGUUUCCACUACAGCUCAAGUUACUUCAUAUUGUCUUUGAGCGCCAUAUCGGAAUUUCUGUCUGAACGCCAUUAAGGUUUGUGAGCCCGCUGCUGUGUUCAUCGGCUCGUCACAGCGUGUGGGCGGCAUGUCUGCCCUCUGAUGAACUUAUGCCACCCUGCCCACGGGCUCCUGCUCCUCAGUUGUGAUUCAUACAUUUUCACUGUCAAGACAGACAGACACACACACACACACACACACACACACACACACACUAAACACAAAUACAUUCGAUGGAGACGAAUGCUCACUCCCACUUGCACAUUGCUGUGAUGUACAUACUGAACACACAAACACAUGCUGAGUAGAGCAACGGAGCACGAUACCAGUGGCCUUUGUUCUACUGUGCUCACAAUGAUGAUGCUAAUUAGCAUGUGUCCACCCCAUCACAGCUCAGGCUGACUCGAUUGGCCGCAUGUCAGAAUGACAACCUUUGUGUGACGGAUGGAUCCAGAAAUAAACCACACACCCUUAGGUCCGGUGAGCAAAGCACAGCGCUAAUAUUCAUCCACUUCAUAUAGACACAAAUAGCUGGCAGAUUUGGUUUAAUCAACUCAAAAAACCUAAAAAGUACACAGCUGGUCCUUGGAGACACAUGCAGUCGAUAUUAUUCAUUUCAGAACCACCUGAAAUUUCAUGAAUGUUAGCCGUCCAUUGGUAUUUGUUAGCCACCUUAAUACUGUCUUUAUAAGGCUCAAAUUGAUUUCAAACAUUUAAAGGGAAAGUGUCCUAUUUCUCGUUAAAUACAAACUGGUGAUGGUCAUUAACGUGGCGCCAAACAGUUUUCAAGUUCAAGAUGAAAGAGAAAACAUAUGAUUUACAUGCCAGAUCAUUGGUUUACUUCAUACAUGUGUAUGGAAUGUAUGUGAGCAUGUAUGUAUUUAUACGUUCAAUACAUUUGGGGGAAAAUGUGAUGUGUCCAAAGCCGCUGGUCACUGUACCAGAUCCAACUGUUUCAAACCAUUCAUUCAUACUGUCUCUUCAUUAAAUCUGCAGAUUAGCUUGUUCCUGCACAGCAUGCUCCCACUCCUCAGCACCAACCAAACAAAUAAAGACACAUCUGCAAUCUCUCCAUUACUGCAUAUUUGUGCUCGUUAAAUCAAUCACAGAAAACAUGUGUUAAAACAUGUGUUGUGGUCUGAUAAUUCAGAUAUCCUUAUCUUACCCCAGCCGGAGUCUGCCAUAUUCGAGGUGAAUCAUUCUGCCGUCUGUGUGUUCAAUUAGACAUGAGCAUCACGUAACUCAUCCAUCCCAUGAUGCAUAGGAUCAGGCUGAGGUGCUGCUGACUGACUGAGUGUAGCAAAAAUGGCUGUAUAGACUCUUGCAUGCUCACGCACAGACACAGAGGGGCUGUUCUCAAAAUAGCAUUUUCUGGUCACAGUAUUGGUGGAUUUCACGCACACAAAGCCAUGCUUGCUGUUGGAGGUUAAAUUAAUCAAAAUCAACUGAGAGGGGAACAAAGGAUAGUUAACAAAGGGGCGUGUUAUCAGCAAAGAAACACAUGGAAAUCUCCAAAAACAAACCGCAAUCCUGCUGCUACAGUAUUCAGUUAAAAUACAAAAUGAGUGAUAUGGGUAAUUUUAAAAGAUGGACAAUUCAUCCUAGGUGCUUAACUUCAACAGCAGCUCUUGAUUUGAAAAAUGUAUUCUUAUUUGGCUUUACAGUGAAUAAAAAUGUAAUGAAUGAAGUGAGGUCGGCAGCAGAAUCAAGGCUACGAUAUUUAUUUCCUCCAGAGGUAUCUGUUCCUUCAGACUUUCAUUGUGAGGCGAGAGGAAGGGGCCGCCAGCUCUGUUGCAGUCUAAGCUCGCAGGAGAGAGGACUGCUGCUAAAUGCAGAGCAGCUUGCGUGUCCCCAGCAGUGUAACAGGAUCUGGGAGAGGCCAGCAGGCCAUUAUCGCCACCGCUCUGUCUGGUCAACAAAGUCGGCGAAAGCUCCGUCUCCCCCAGCGGAGGCCAAGCUGCGCGAGCAGCUGGAUGUUAGCACACUGGCGGGGAAGAUGGAGAACAGGAUGCUGACGGUGGUGAGCGGCCCCGACAUGGUCAACAUCACCUACCUGAACUUCAUGGCCUUCCAGGAGGAGACGGCGAAGGAAUGGGCGGAGGAGCUGUUCAACCUGGCAUCCAACCUCUUGGUCCAGAACAUGUCCAGAGAGGACUGCCUGGAGAAAACAUACACUCGGCUGAAGCUGCAGCUCAACCCUGAGGGGCGAAUCCCCGUCAAGAACAUCUUCAGGAUGUUCUCAGCAGACAGGAAGCGAGUGGAGACAGCCCUGGAAAACUGUAACCUUCCUUCUGUCAGAAACGACUCCAUCCCCCAGGAGGAUUUCACUCCAGAGGUCUACAACAUGUUCCUGACCAACAUCUGUCCCCGGUCCGAGCUGGACCACAUCUUCUCUGACGUGGGGGCUAAGAGUCGUCCAUACCUCAGUGUGGAGCAGAUGACAGAGUUCAUCAACAAUAAACAGCGAGACCCUCGUCUCAAUGAGAUACUCUACCCUCCUCUGAAACCAGAACAGGUCCAGGUGCUGGUGGACAAAUAUGAACCCAACGCUUCGCUGAUGCAGAAUGGUCAGAUCUCGGUGGAAGGCUUUGCCAGGUAUCUGAAUGGGGAGGAGAACAGCAUCAUGCCCCCUGAGAAGCUGGACCAGAGCGAAGACAUGACCCUUCCCCUCCCCCACUAUUUCAUCAACUCCUCACACAACACAUACCUCACAGCCGGCCAGCUCGCAGGGAACUCUUCAGUCGAGAUGUACAAGCAGGUCCUCCUGUCCGGGUGCCGCUGCAUUGAACUGGACUGCUGGAAGGGUCGCACCACAGAAGAAGAGCCGGUCAUCACUCACGGCUUCACCAUGACAACUGAAAUCUCCUUCAAGGAGGUGAUCGAGGCGAUAUCAGAGUGUGCCUUCAAGACCUCGCCCUUCCCUAUCAUCCUGUCUUUUGAGAACCACGUGGACUCACCGAAGCAGCAGGCUAAGAUGGCAGAGUACUGCCGGUCAAUAUUCGGAGACGCGCUACUGACUGAACCUCUGGAGAAAUAUCCUCUGGAGUCCGGCGUGCCUCUACCGAGCCCGAUGGAGCUGAUGGGGAAGAUCCUGGUGAAGAACAAGAAGAAACACCACAAGACGGACGGAAGCACCAAGAAGAAGCUGUCGGAGCAGGUUUCCAACACCUACAGCGAUUCCUCCAGUGUGUGUGAGCCCUCCUCCCCCAGCGCAGGCUCAACCAAAGAGGAGAUGGCAGAUUCCUCGCAGCAGCCGGAGUGUGCCGAGCUCAGCCUGAGGCCGCAGGGCAGAAAGUCUAUCGGUGAGGUGGAGGCAGAAAGUGAGGAUGAAGAUGAUGAUGAUGACGACUGUAAGAAGGGCUCAAUGGAUGAGGGAACAGCAGGCAGUGAGGCGUUUGCCACAGAGGAGAUGUCCAACCUGGUCACCUACAUCCAGCCAGUCAAGUUCAACAGCUUCGAGGCUUCCAAAAAGAUCAAUCGCAGCUACCAGAUGUCGUCCUUCGUGGAGACCAAAGCUUUGGAGCAGCUGACCAAAUCUCCUGUGGAGUUUGUGGAGUACAACAAAGUGCAGCUGAGCAGGAUCUACCCUAAAGGCACCCGAGUGGAUUCAUCCAACUACAACCCUCAACUCUUCUGGAACGCCGGCUGUCAGCUGGUGGCUCUCAACUUCCAAACCAUCGAUCUGUCCAUGCAGUUGAACCUGGGCAUGUACGAAUACAAUGGGAAAUGUGGCUUCAGACUCAAACCUGAGUUUAUGAGGCGGCCGGACAAACACUUUGACCCUUUCACUGAGAGCACAGUGGACGGGAUAGUAGCCAACACGCUCUCUGUAAAGAUCAUCUCAGGCCAGUUCCUGUCAGAUAAGAAAGUAGGCACGUACGUGGAGAUCGACAUGUUCGGCUUACCGGUGGACACCAAGAGGAAAGCGUUCAAGACCAAGACUUCUCAAGGCAACGCCAUCAACCCCGUCUGGGAAGAAGAGGCUAUUGUCUUCAAGAAGGUUGUUCUGCCCACGCUUGCUUCGCUAAGGAUAGCUGUGUUUGAAGAAGGAGGGAAGUUCAUCGGCCACCGUAUCAUUCCUGUGUCAGCCAUCCGUCCAGGCUAUCACUACAUCAGUCUGAGGAACGAGAAGAACCAGUCCCUGACUUUGCCGACUCUGUUCGUGUAUGUGGAAGUAAAGGACUACGUCCCGGACACAUUUGCAGAUGUCAUCGAAGCCUUAUCCAAUCCCAUCCGCUAUGUCAACCUGAUGGAGCAGAGAGCCAAUCAGCUGGCUGCUCUCACCCUGGAGGAGGGAGGAGAGGAGGAGGGUGACAAAGAGGUGGAGGCAGGAAGUGAUGCCCCCUCAGAGUCUAAGGUGGACCAGAGGGUGACGUUGCCUGCAGAGAACGGACUGAGCCACACACCCAUCAUCGCCCCGAAGCCCCCUUCGCUGGUCGGCCACCAGCCCCAGUCUGCAGGCUCAUUGAAACCAUCAGUGAAGACUGAAGACAUCAUUCACAGUGUCCUCACUGAAUUCGAGGCUCAGACAGUGGAGGAGCUGAAGCAGCAGAAGGGCUUUGUCCGAGAGCAGAGGAAGCAGUACAAGGAGAUGAAGGAGCUGGUUCGGAAGCACCACCGCAAGACCAGCGAGCUGAUCAAGGAGCACACAGCCCGCGUGUCCGAGCUCCAGAGCCAGCAUCAGCGGCGGCGCUCUGCUCUGCAGAAGAGCCACAAACGAGAUGGUAAGAAAAGCCGGUCCGAGCACUCUCUGUCGACCCUGGACCAGGAGCUGUGUGAGCUGGAUCAGGAGUACAGCCAGAGGCUUGCAGAGCUGAAGGAGCAGCAGCAGCAACAGCUCCUCACACUUCGCCAGGAACAGUACUACAGUGAAAAGUACCAGAAGCGAGAACACAUCAAGCAGCUGGUUGAGAAGCUGACUGCUUUAGCAGAAGAGUGCCAGAGUGCUCAGCUUAAAAAGCUCAGAGACAUCUGUGAGAAAGAAAAGAAGGAUCUCAAGAAGAAAAUGGACAAGAAAAGGCAAGAGAAGAUCAAUGAAGCUAAAUCUAAAGACAAGAAUGUGACAGAGGAAGAGAAAUUGGAGAUCAACAGAUCGUUUGUCAACGAGGUGGUGCAGUACAUCAAACGGUUGGAAGACGCUCAGAGUAAAAGACAGGAGAGACUACUGGAGAAGCACAAGGAUAUCCGCCAGCAAAUCUUGGACGAAAGGCCAAAGGACGACUGUGCAGCUGAGGAGCAUGAACGUCAAAUACGGUGUGGCUGUAAAUGUGGGUGUAAUCUGCACAGCAUGGCAGCAUCACAAUAUAACAGGGACAGCAGAUUGGCCUGUGAAUAGUGAGAUCACACCCCAGUCGGAGGGCUCGUAUUUGAUCCCACGUGUGGAUGUGUCCUUGAGGAAGAACCAGAGGGAGAGAACAUCACCAUUUUGGGUUACUAACAAGGUAUAUCAAAUCAACUUAACAGUUUGUUCUGUUGAAACCAUAAAUGACUCAGGCACUGCUGUAACACAAUGUUGGACUCUUAUCAGCAUGCAUAGUUGUCUCACUUGUUAGAUAUUUGUAAUAUGUUACCAUUAUUCUAAUCAUGGACAUGUAGUGUGUCACAGUCAUAGCGCUAAUAUAAUUGCAUGUGGUACUACUACAUCCACUAAACACAAAGACAGUAACAGUCAUUUUUUCUACUCUCAGUGAUUUUCAAUGAUCUAAUGCAGUACUAUUGUAUUGCAACACACUGCCAGCGUAAUCAAGAUUACAUCUGCUUGCCAAGGAGACACUCCAGUGUGAUCCCCUCGUUAUGUUUUACUCUUGUUGUCAAAUGGAGAGCAUAGCGCACACAAACCAUAAGUUCUUUUUAAGGACAUAAAUCGGAAGUGUUCUGUUGGAGACAGCCCCGUAACCACUCACUCUCAAAGUGACGGCUCCUUGUUCCAUCUGAGACCACUUGUUGUUGAGUGUGGGAGGUGCAGUGCAGACCUCCAGCCCAACACUUCACAUUCAAUAUGGAGAAACUAAGUGAGACUAAAAUGCUGACCAGAGGGCAGUGCUCCCUUUUAAGGAGAUCCUGUGGGGACUUUCAUCAUCUUUUGAUUGUUGCAAGAGUAUUCUUGUCAAUAACAGCAGAAUUGCAAUGAUUUUAAAGUGAGAUGAGCCGUGUGAACGAUUAUCAUCAGGGUCUAAUCAGCGUGGAUUUUCCCCAGACGAGAGGAAGAGGCGCUGCUGUUCUCUCCUCCAAUCAGAUGUUGGCCACCGUCAUUUCCCACAAAAUUGUAACUGAUUAUCCAUCACUCAACCGUUGUCGCAAUCACUUCUCUAAAUUGACAUCCGGACAUUGGCAAAUUCAAUUCCC